AUGUCGGGAGCCCAGGUGACGUGGAGAUAUACAUUAACGGGGGAUAUUGACCUUCCUAUUGAUUUGAAGGCUUCUUCUAAGUCAGGUGAAGGUGCAGGUGUGUCAGAGGAGCAGGUGUCCAACCCAUUUGAUAUGGAGGAUAGCUUCAAACAGCAGAGUGGUUUUAAGAAAUUCCUAAUGCAACUGCCUGUGCAACUGCAGCUGGCGUCGCCAGCAGCCAGGGAGUGGAUUACACGCAGUCGAGAAAAUGUUCGGCCCUGGCUGGUCUUUGUCAACACACAAAAAUUCAAGGUUCCACCAAAUGCACAGCGAUGGAGCAAAAGAUUGGCCAAGAAUGUUGACUACUUCCAGUCCAACUACAUGUUUGUGUUCAUUGGCCUCAUCAUAUACUGCCUGAUAACCUCCCCAUUGCUCCUGCUUGCUGUUGCUGCCUCACUGGGUGCUUGCUACAUCCUCUCAUUAAAGAAUGCAGAAAAGAAGAUCAUUGUUGGAGGUCAUGAGGUGUCACUUGCUCACCAGUACACAGCUGUAGGAGUCUUGUCUCUGCCUGUCUUCUACAUAGCAGGAGCAGGUGCUGUUCUCUUUUGGGUUCUAGGUAAGUCUUUAAUACCAUAUGCAGUAUAGCAUUAAGAUGUAGCA